AUGGUGGAGACAAAAGCCUUCAAGAAAAUGAGAGAGAAGCUGGACAGAGGAGCCACAUGGGUGACAAUUAAAGGAAGACCAGGAGAGGGGAAGUCCACAAUAGCCUACAUGACCCUCAAAAACCAGCAGAGUCAGGGGAGACAAGUAUACCAAGUGGUGUCACCAGCAGAGUUCAAUGAGGUCAUAAUGGCCUGCACUAAUCCUGUCAUUCUGUUAGAUGACAUAUUUGGUGAUUUGGAAUUUGACACAGCUGAGUGGGCUAAGUGGAGACCAAGUCUACGACCUAUCCUGGAUGUGAAACAUCCUGACAAAUAUGCUGAAAAGGUUCCAGAGAGACAAAAAAUUGAUCAAACACAGCUAAAACAAACAAGUCCAAACAAAGACAAAACUAUCAUUAUCCUCGUAGGCCGUGACUAUGUGCUGAAAUCCUCAUUGGCAGACUUGGGAAGGAUGGCAGAUUACAUUUCCAGUCCCCAGUACGUAGUGGAAGUUUCCUCACAGAGAGACUCUUAUGAGCGAAAGAAGAUAUGGCGUGUUCAUGCUGAAGCAAACAAUAUAGACUUUGAAGAGUCAGUUGUGUCUCAGAUAUGUAAGGCAGACUGUCCACACGGCUUCCCCCAUGUCUGUAAAAUGUUUUCCACAGCAUAUGAAAAGGACUGGACUCACCUUCAAAUGCAAAUGUUUUUUCAAGCACCACUUGAUUUCCUCAGACAGACUUUGGAUAAAUCUAUCCAAGACAUGAGAAAGCGUUCACUGUUCAUGGCCAUGAUUAAAAGAGAUGGGAAGAUUAGUGGACAAGAGCUGGAAGAGGAUGAUAGUCUGGGAUAUGAAUGCAUACAAGCUGCUGAUGAUUUGGUUGGAUCUUACCUCAAGAAGGAAGAUGACACUUACAUGUUUGAUCAUCCGUCUAUAUAUGACAGUGUUUCCUUUAUUCUCAGUACAAAACUGUCGAAGUUUGUCAUCGAAAAUUGUAGUUUGUCAUUUAUCCGCCAGCGCCUUCGUCUUGCAUCCUCCAAAGAAAGAGAGAACAACGUUCCUGGUGAGACAGGUAUUGUUGCAAAUAUCUCGUGGACUUAUGCUGGACAUUUAGCUGGAAGAUUUGCAAGUGAAAUUAAAAAGAGCAAUUUUUUGCAUGUUUUAUCCCACCAGGCAUUUUGUAAUUCAGACUUUGUUGACUUGCUAAUGGACUGCCUGAAGAACCGGUUUCACAUGCGUAUAUCUGAUAUUGUGAAACUAAGUGAUAGCAACUCAAAAGAGUCAUUUUGUGAAUUACUUUCCAGCAGCAAGUCACAUCAUCUCAUUCAAAUUCUUAUGGAGAAAGAAAAUAUAUCAUUCAACCGAAGGGAAGAAAGGGACAUUUUAAUGGGUGUGUGCCGGAAUGCUGCGUCCAAUGUACUGAAAUACAUCAGUGGACAUAUGAAACUACGUGUAAAUGCGAAAUCGAGAGGACAGACGCCGCUAAUGUUAGCAGCAGAAACCAAAGACAGUGCGUUUGUCAAUCAGAUGUUAUCCCUUAAGCCUGACCUGAAUGCCCAAGACGAUUAUGAUGAAAGUGUUUUACAUUAUCUUUGCAAAAAUGGCCUUACAUCAGCCGUGGAACAUGCGAUUGACAAAGGUGUGGACGUUAAUAAGGACCUCACAUAUCUUGCGGAAGGUCACUUAGAGAUGGUGAAACUGUUGGUUAACAGAGGUUUUGAUAUAGACAGCCAGAGGUGUUUCAGACGUGCUCUUCAGAAUCGGAACGAGAAAAUGGUGCAGUUCUUUUUACACAGAGGAGUAGAGGUUGACGCUUUUGCAGUGUACACAGCAUGUGAGGUCGGGGAGCUGAAUAUCGUCAAGAUGUUGUUUGAGAAGGGUGCUACUAUGAACAUGAAGGCAUCUGAUGGAAGUACUCCUCUUCAGAGCUCAUGCAGAGGACACCCUAAUGUUGUCUCGUAUUUGCUGAAGAAAGGAGCCAGUGUGAACCAAGCCUCAACAGUUACGGGAGACACAGCACUUCAUAUCGCAGCAGAACGUGAAUCUGCAGAGUGUGUUGAUAUGUUAUUGAAGGCUGGAGCUGAUGUUACUGUACAGAAUAAUACAGGUGACACGCCACUUCAUAGAGCAGCAGGAUGGGGCUCUUCAGAGUGUGUUGAUGUGUUACUGAAGGCUGGAGCUGAUGUUAAUGUACAAGAUAAUACAGGUGUAACACCACUUCAUGGAGCAGCAGAACCAACAGGACGGGGAUCUACAGAGUGCGUUGAUGUGUUACUGAAGGUUGGAGCAGAUGUUAAUGUACAAAAUAAUACAGGUGACACACCACUUCUUCAAGCAACAGGACAGGGAUCUGCAGAGUGUGUUGAUAUGUUAUUGAAGGCUGGAGCUGAUGUUAAUGUACAGAAUAAUGCAGGUGACACACCACUUCACGCAGCAGAAGCAGCAAUGCUGGGAUCCGAAGAGACUGUUUACGUGUUACUGAAGUCUGGAGCUGAUGUGAAUGUACAGAAUAAUACAGGUGACACAGCUCUUCAUACAGCAGCUGGACGGGGAUCUACAGAGUGUGUUGAUGUGUUACUGAAGGCUGGAGCUGAUGUUAAUGUACAGAAUGACACAGGUGACACACUGCUUCAUGUAGCAGCAGGACAGGGAUCUGAAGAGUGUGUUGCUGUGUUACUGAAAGCUGGAGUUGAUGUUAAUGUACAGAAUAAUACAGGUGACACACCACUUCAUGUAGCAGCAGGGCGGGGAUCUAGAGAGCACCUUGAUGUGUUACUGAAGGCUGGAGCUGAUGUUAAUGUA